AUGGAUGAAGAUCAGGAAGAGGGGAAUGAAAUUCUUAGCAACAUGAUAGUGAUCGGGGUCUCCUUCGUGGUUAUCGCUGCAGUUGUGGUGCUUGUCAUGGUGGAUGUAGAUAGCCCCAAGAAGACUAUAGAACACCCGAUGAACAACACAGGCAUCCACAUGAGCCUUGACAACAUUUGUGGCAGAACUGAUUACAGGGGACUUAGCCAAGACACUCUUAGUCCGGUUGGCAACAAAGCUGAUGUGGUAAAAUAUUUUACAGCGGCUAUCAAAUCAACCCUUGCGGCAAUGAAAAAUGUGGCACACAAUAAGCCAAAAGGUGGUGAUAACCAAAAGGGAGAACUUGGUUGCUUUCGACUGACAGACUUGGGGAUUGGCCAGCUUGAAUCUGUGUUAGCCGUUCGAUCAGAGGACUUGUUUGGGAGAAAGUCAGCUGAUGUUAAGGGCAGCCUGAAUGCCUCAUACCAACAGAAAUGCCUUCGACAAUUGCCUCCUACAAAAGCCAAACCAGUUCGUCUUGAUCAAGCGUUGAAGAAGCCCAUUGAGCUUGCAAGAAAUGCAUUAUGCAUGGUACAUAGCCGAUGA